CUUCUUCCUUCUUUCCACACGCCGAGCUCAAGAUGGCGGACCAGGCUGCUGUGCCGAGUGAUCUUUUUCAACACGUGUACUCCUUUCUGGUGGAAAACAAGUUCACCAAGGCCGCACAGGAGUUUAUUAGAAAGGCUAAAGUGAAACCUCUGGACACUAAAGCAACGAAUCUCGUAGAGGUCUUCAACUUCUGGGUCAAGUCUCCCGAGGCUAAGAAAAGGAAAGCUGUGACCAAUGGACCAGCGGCGAAGAAAGCCAAGCAGGAGGACAGCUCGAGCAGUGAGGACUCCUCCAGUGAAGAUGAUGAGCCAGCCAAGAAGAAACCUGCAGUGAGCAAACCUGCCACUCCUGUAGCCGCUAAGCCUGCUGCUAAGUCUCUGGCCGCCAAGAAAUCAUCAUCCAGCAGCAGUGACUCUAGCGACGAUUCAGAGGAUGAGGAUAAAAAGCAGCAGCAGCCGCCAGUCAAGAGCACCCCUGCAGCGGCUGCUACACCCAAAACCCCCCCUGCGACCACGACAAAGCCAGCGGCGAGGAAAAAGGACUCCAGUUCAAGCAGUGAGGAUUCGGACAGCUCGGAGGACGAGAAGCCAGCCACUAAAGCAGCCGUCUCUAAGCCAGCUACGAAAGCAGCUACCCCCAUGGCUGUCAACGGCAAGGCUAAAGAUGACAGCAGCAGUGACGACUCCAGCGACUCUGAGGAUGAGACGCCUGUUAAAAAGACCGCUACCCCAGCUAAGCCCCCUGUCGCUGUGAAGACCCCAGUGAAACCUGCUGCUGCAAAAAGUACCCCUGCCAAAGGGGGCGCCGCAGAGUCCAGCAGUGAGGACUCCUCUGACGAGGAGGAGAGCGCCCCCAGCAAGAAACCCAAAUCUGGACGCUACAGUGCCGUCCCCCCUCCCACACAGCAGAAGCAGCCCUCCACCCCUGCAACAGCAGCCAAGAAGCCUGCGAGUAAGGAGGAGAGCAGCGAUUCUUCAGACAGCAGUGAUGAGGAGACGGCAACGAAGAAGUCAGUUGCUAAAACUACACCUACCAAACCAGCAGCUGCAACACCCAAAGCUGCAGCAAAGAAAAAGGAGUCAAGUUCAGACAGUUCAGACAGCUCUGAGGACGAGGCACCAGCAAAACCAGCCACCAAACCUGCUUCCAAACCAGCUACACCGGCAGCCAAACCCAAAUCUCCUGCCCCUGCCAAGAAAGCGGCCAGCAGCUCUGAUUCAGACAGCAGUUCCAGCGACUCGGAAGAAGAAGCAAAGAAGAAACUGGCAAAACCAGCUGCAGCUAAAACACCGGCGUCUAAACCUGCCACGCCGGCCACCGGCAAAAAGACAGCGGCCGCGGAGAGCAGUUCGGAGUCGCACAGCUCUUCGGACGAAGAGGAGAAAAAGAGCAUCACCAAGCCUGCAGCCAAGACCGCUGCAGGCAAGAGCUCCAAAGUUGCCAAAGGAAAGUCUCCCGCAGCUGCAGCCAAAAAGGCUAAAGAGUCGAGCAGCAGCAGCUCGUCGGACAGUGAGGAGGAAGCACCAAAACAGAAACCGGUGGCGGCUGCAAAGCCCGCCGCCACGAAAAAGCAAGAAAGCAGCAGCUCUGAGUCCGACAGCUCCGAGUCAGAGAGCGAGAAGAAGCAGCAGCUCAGCGGGAAGCCCACAGCCCCAAAGACCCCUGCUGCAGUGAAGUCGGCCACGCCCAAACAAACACCUGCUUCUGCAAAGAAGCCAGCAGCAGAGUCCAGCAGCAGCGAGAGCAGCUCUGAUUCCGAGGAUGAGAAGACUCCACAGAAGAAAGGCAAGUCUGCGGCUCUGGCAGUGACACCCACCGUGACAAAGAAAUCCCCAGCAACUUCGGCAAAGAAGCAGGAGAGCAGCUCCUCUGAGGACAGCUCGUCGGAGGAGGAGGAGGAAGUAAAGGCGAAGCCAGCGGCAGCCACUACAAACGGCACAGCAGAGAAAAGGAAAAGAGAUGCUGACUCUUCGUCAGAGAAUGAGGAAGAGGAGAACAAGGCUCAGACCCCCAAAAACAAGAAACUGGAUGUACAGCUGCCACACUCCUUCCCCAAGACCAAACACAAGACUGCCAAUGCUCCUUUCCGUAGAAUAAAAGAGGAGGAGAUUGAAGUGGAUCCUCGAUUUGCAAACAACAAUUUCAAUGCAAAGCUUGGCGCGCAGGGUGACUGGGGGGAGAAAGCCAAUGAUAUCCUGAAAUUCACCAAGGGGAAGUCAUUCCGUCAUGAGAAAACCAAAAAGAAACGUGGCAGCUACCGGGGCGGGGCCAUCUCCACUUCGGUCAACUCCAUCAAAUUCGACAGCGACUGAGACAGCUGCUGCCACAGGCGGAGCUGGGAUGCCCGACACCUGUUCCACACGUUUCUUCAAGAGUUUUUUGAUCGUUAUGAAUUAAUUUCCCUGUCUGAAUUUAGUUGUUAAAUAACUGUGAAAGACUUGUGUGCUUCAAUAUGCUCCCAUGUUGUCUGAAACACACCUAAAAGUAAUUGUUUUCUUUUAAAGAAAAAAGUAAAGUAUGGUGGGAGGAGUGACCCUAUCUCUUCUUGACUCCAUUGUUUUUCUAAUAAUUUAGUUUUAUGCGAUGCAAAAUGGUUUUGCUAAGAAACAAAAUGUUUUAAUACUGUUGGCAGGCUUGGCCGUUUAAUUAAUACCCCUGGUUUUAUGUGUAUUGCGCAGCUCGGUUAAAAUGUCUAUCCUGUUAAUUAUUUCUCCCCAUAUUCAAUCUAAUUACCUCUGUAGAGAUUUUUUUUUUUUUUUUGCCGUUGUUUAAAAUAUUACACUUAAUAUUGUUAGGCGUGUUUUUAUUUUGUUUUCCUUUGGACCUGUACCAGAAGUUUGAAUUGUAUAGAGUUAAAAAACUUUAAAAUGAAUAAUAAAUACAGCUUGUAUAAGAAUGUGGUAAUUGUUAUUAAGCAAUUGAGUGUGCAAUCAUGUGAUUCUAGGAACUCAAAGCCCCCACUCCACCGUGGCUCUUACCUGAUGUAUUUCAAGCAGAACUCAAAUGCAUUUUCUUGUCCUUGUCAAUUUGUUGAAAUGCAUUCUUUUUUGUAGAACUGCACGUACUGUUUAUGAAAACUGCCUCUUGCUUUUUCUACAAACGUUUAAAUCGAGGUAAAGGGGGGGGGGGGGGGGUCUACUGUAUGUACCAGACACUCUAUUUAAACACCUUUUCAUUUUUGGAAGACCUUGUUACUGUAAUUAAAAGAAACAACCUGA